UAAAGUUGAUUGUAUCAAAUAAUAGCAUAAUAAUAGAAAGUCAAUCAUGUUUAGACCUGUUAUUCGUUCAGUAGCUUCAAAGAGAUUAUUCUCAAUGACUCCAGCUAGAAACAAUAUAGUUUCCGAAUUAUACAUUCAACAAAUCAAAGCAUUCAAACCAAUUGCUAUUUCUGCUAAAGAAUUAGAAAGUGCCGUCAAAGCUUUCCAAUUACCUGCUAAAGCCACUAUUCCAUCAUCUGAAUUACCAACUGAAGCUUUAUCUGAAUAUGAAUCAAGUGAAGUUGAAACUGAAACUGUUUCUGCUUCUGGUUCAUCUAUCGCUGCUGAAGAAGACUGGUUCGUUUUCGAAGAAGAACAUGAAGAACACCAUUAGAUUCAAUGUUUAACGUUUAUUAUUAAUAUUAUUAGAAUGUUUUAUGUUUACUGCAUUAUUUCUUUCAUUUAAAAAAACUUCAUCCUUGGAAAUUAUAUGUACAAUCUAAGUGCUUUAUUUUUUUAAAUGAAAAACAUAUCAAAAGAUGAUGAAAAAUACAAAUUAUACUAAAUCCAAUUGCUUAAUUGGUAUUCUUACUUUUAUAAAUUUAUAUAUCCCAAUAUGUGAUACAUUAUUUUUAUAUAUACUUUUCCAUGAAUACAUAUAAAAAAAAAACCUAUUUUAAGAUCUUUAAAAG